GAGUGGGUGGGCAUGGUCCGGAACCUCCGGGCCGGCCGGAACCUGUGUGAGCCCCUGGAGCGGCAGCCGGACGGGAGAGAACUGCACGCGGCAAGAUGGCGGCAGGAGAGGAAGAGAGCCCCGUGUGCUCCGAAAUCGAGGUCCUUCAAUCCAUUUACCUGGACGAGAUCUCCGUUUCGCAGGACUCCAGCAGGCUGCACCCUUGGGAGAUCAGGAUAACGCUGCACCCAGCCACAGCCGAUGACGCAGAAUCCCAGUAUGUCCGCUUCACCCUCAUCCUCUCCCUGACCGCACAGUAUCCCGAUGUUGCUCCGGUGGUCUCAAUCAGGAAUCCUCGUGGACUUUCAGACGACCGGAUACAAAGCAUUUACCAGACCCUGACAGAACUGGCAGAGGAGAGUACCGGAGGGCAAGUACUUUAUCAGCUCAUUGAGAAAGGGAAGGAGAUUCUCACAAACAACAACAUCCCUCACUGCCAGUGCGUGAUCUGCCUCGAUUUCUUCCAGGAGAGCGAGUUCUUCACGAAGACCUCCUGCUACCACUACUUCCACUCGUACUGUCUGGCCCGCUACAUCCGACACUCCGAGGCGGAGCUCCAGGCCCAGCGUCAGCAGCAGCAGACGCCCAAACAUCCGGAACAAGACACGGAACAGGAUGUGCUGUGUCCAGUCUGCAGGGAACCUUUGACCUAUGACCUCGGUUUGCUCCUGUCGGCCGCGGCUCCCUGUCGUGCACUGGAGCCCUAUCGACCGGACCAGGAGUCCCUGAGGAAGCGAGUGGAACUGCAGACCAUCUUCCAGAGGCAGCUGGAGAGAGGGGGCAUCAUCGACCCCGAGGCCGAGCAGAACCGCUUCUUCAUCAGCCUCACCAGGCCCGUCAGGAGCCAGACCACCGAGGACGAUCCAGGCCAGCAGACGGAGAGCCCCGGCUCCAGCCCGGCCCCCUCCCCGUCACCGGCCCCCCACCCCCACCCCCACCCCCACCCCCACCGCGGCUGGCCGGCCAGGCGCCCGGCGAGGAGGGGGCGGCCGGAGUGGGCGUCGCCGCGGGGGGACCCUCGCUUCGCCGAGGGCCGGUCCCGCGAUCCCAGGCCCCGGGGGAGGGGUCUCGCCGCCGGCGGCGGCGGCUGGGAGUUCGGGGGGCGCCCCCGGGGCACCGGGAGGGGCCGGGGCCAGGGCCAGGGCAGGACCGGGCGCGGCCACCCGGGCGGUCAGGGGACAGGGGACCCCGUCCAGCGGCGGCUGGUCGACUGA